AUGCAAAGCAAAUUCGGCCAUCUCCUCUUGGGCUCUGUUUUUCAUGGCUUCUUUUAUUUUCUUGCUACUGUUUUGUUUGAGCCUAAUUGCUCAAUUCUCACCAUACCAAACCGCUGCUUCCGGAGCAAUUGACCCCACGAAGGGAUUCCUUUCCCUUCCUCUAAAUCAAUCCAAUUUUGUUAUUCAAAAACCCUAUGACAUACCCGUAGAUCAAAGAUACAAAUUCAGCGAAGGAGUCCACAAGCUCUGGGUCUAUUCCAAUGACAAGCCCCACUCCCCAGAUAGCCAAACUAAACCCCGAACUGAGAUCCGUAUUCAUGGAUACGAUUAUUCCACCGGUGUUUGGCAAUUCGAAGGAUACGGGUAUGUACCGUACGGGACGUCCGGCGUGUGCAUCAUGCAGGUGUUUGGUUUAGGCCCGGACAAGGGCGCCCCCACCGUGAUGCUCAAGGUCUACAACGGCUCGCUCUCUUUCUACAGGAAUCAGGCCCAACUGGUUCCGUACAUCUACGAUCGGUGGUUCCGGCUCAACGUAAUUCACGACGUGGAUGCUUCCAAGGUCCAGGUGUUCAUCGACGGUGUUCUCAAGUACGAUAAGCCGACGAGCGUAGCUGGAGUUUCCCAAUAUUAUUUCAAGUGCGGAGUCUAUGCACAAGAGGACGAUUCGGAUUACAUGGAAUCCCGUUGGAAGGACAUCAAGAUCCUCAAAAAAUGAGAUCAGAAUCGAUCAUAUCCAUCAUGAUUAUAGUGCAAUCAAGUAUGGUUUCAGUAUUUUUGGACUUUAUUUUAGACACUUUUGGAUUGUCUUCUGUUUGGUUUGGAGUUUGUCCUAUACAGACAAAGCAAACUUGGUUUUAUGUAGUUUCAAUAUGGUUUAAGUGGAAAUUAAAGUGUUAUAUGUGCAUUUCAGUUGAGUUUUCCAAUAUAAAAUAUGAUAAAGUUUGGGGUAUGCCCGGCCUUGAGUUUUCCAGUAUGUCUUUUUUUUUUUUUUUCUGUAUGAAGUUGCAGUUUCAGAAUUUCAGUAUAUUAGAGGUUUCUUUCCCCCUGUUUUCCUUUGUCAUUUUGGCAGAGUUUCCUUUGCCUUUGUCUAUUUCCCCCUGUUUUCCAAUAAUAUGUUCUGUAUCAAGAUGACAAUAGACAUAAUUUUCAUUG